GGCCAAACACGACACGGGAGCUCGGGAGGAGCAACGGACGACCCAAAACGCUGAGUCGGUACGAGUACUAGUAAUACUAGUAGUAUCGUAGCGGUGGCAUCUAUGGUACGGUGCGGUGCGGUAGCAUUCCAAGGCAGGAACCCGCCCAUCAUCCAUCCUUGCGGUGAACAGCCAUUCCCAUCGCAUCGCAUUGUGUCGUUCGGCGCCCCAUGAACCGUGCCACACCUCGCGGUCGAAGCCGAAGGACAACCCCCGCUGUUCCCACCACGAUCGGAGCCUUCCUCCGUCCCACGAGAACAACCGCAGCGGCGCCGAGAAGCCGCAGAAGGAUCGUGGCAUUGGCGUCCCGCUUGCUUGGCGCUUCUCUUUUGUGGCCAGCGCUCUUUUCCCCCUCGAUUGCCGCCUUUGCUUUCUCCCCUUCAUCCACGAUCGCGCCUCCACCGGCCUUGCAACCCUUCCGGUCCACCCCCGCAUCGCCAGACCGCCAGCAGCUUGGUUCCCUCCGCCGUGUCUCCCCUUUGUCGUUCUCGACACCGAUCGACGCCCCGACCAUGAUUUCCAGGCAGCACCACUACGCGCAGCAGCAGCAGCAGCAGCAGCAAAACUACCACUACCAGCACCACCCGGUGGUCGCACCCCCGGCCCAGCAACAGCAGCAGCAGCAACAGGCUUCGGCCCCGGUCCCCGUCUUCAACGGGGUAAAUCCUUCCUACCCGGGCCUCGAGCAGAUCUACAACGACCCGCCCAUCUACCGCGUGGCCGGCUUUCUCACCCACGACGAGUGCGACCACCUCGUAAGGAUCGCCUCCGAUUCCUUCGCCCCCGCCCCGGUGGUCGGCGUCGGCGCGGGGGUCGUCAGCGAGACCCGGACCUCCUCGACCUGCUACCUCCCACGGGAGGACCUCCCGGCCCUGGUCCGGAAGGUUUCCGGACUGACAAGCAAACCGAUCUGCCACAUGGAGCUCCCGCAGGUCGGCCGGUACCUGCACUCGCAGCAGUACCUCCCCCACUACGACGCCUUCAACACCGACGAGGCCGACGGGGCCCGGUUCGCGGCCAACGGGGGCCAGCGGACCGUCACCGUCCUGGUCUACCUGAACGACGUGUCCAGCGGGGGGCACACGGCCUUUCCGAAGCUUCCGGAAGCGACGCAGCCACAAGCAACGCCGCAAGCAACGCCACAAGCAACGCCGCAAGCAACGCCACAAGCAACGCCAACGCAGCCGCCCCGGCAGCUGGAGGUCCGGCCGCAAAAGGGGACGGCCCUCGUCUUUUUCCCGGCCACCGUCGACGGGCACCUCGAUCCGAGGACCCUGCACGCGGCCCUGCCGGCGGUCGACACCAAGUACGUGUCCCAGGUCUGGAUCCGCCAGGGGAAUUAGUAAGUACCGUACCGUACGGGACCGCGACCGGUGCCGUGUACAGCGUGCAGCAAGCAGCGUGAGACACGCUAGGGUGUCCAGCAGCGAUGCGAUCCAUAGCCUCACCCGGCCGUUGUUUGUUUCUUUCUUGUUUUUGGUUUUCUUGUGGUUGGUUUCCGUGGGGUUGGUUCGAACCACUCCUUGCCUCUCCGCCGUGCCCCCUUGCCCGCAGCUACGGACAACCCAGCAAGAAGCUGCCGCCCCCGGACGUCAUGGGUGGUCCGCCGCUCACGCCCCAGGAAACCCAGGCCUACCCUCCGACGACGAUUGCCGACGUCCUGCAGAGGCAGCAGCAACAGCAGCAGCCACAACAACGCCCGGCCCAGCCGGCGCACCACGCUCCUCCCCGCUACUAAAACAAACCGUCGGCAUAGCUAGCUACGGUACGGUACGGUACAAGCUACAGCACACUACUCGUGCUCGGGAAAGCAAGCUGCGGGACCAAUCUCUCUGCCUCUGUAGUACGCCCACCAAGUGCUGGUGUUUGUGGAACAGAGGGGAGAGAUUGAGAUUGCAGCGGGGAACAACUUUCUCAUUGCGUAAAAGAAUUUUAGAUCAAGAUGUUACUAAACUAUUCCAUUAGCC